AUGGCCUGGCAGUCGCCCUCGGCCAUGAACGGCGGCGGUGCCAACGGAGGGGGUGACGGCAAUGCGCCUGCCGGCACAGAGUACACAUUGCAGGGUGUGAUGCGAUUUCUACAGCUGGAAUGGCACAACCACGAGCGUGCACGGAAUGCCUGGGACAUCGAGCGCGCCGAGAUGAAGGCCAAGAUUGCAAAACAGGAGGGUGAGGUGCGGAGUGCGAAGAAGCUCAACGACCAGCUGAACAAGCACAUUCGCAUGCUGGAACAGGCCCUCACCAACGAGAGAAAGAAGAAGAGCGAGGCAGCAGGAGGUGACGCCGAGGCCACAACAGACGACAAGGACCCCAAGGGCAAGAAGAGUGGCAGGAACUCGACGAAGCCUCAAAACAAGAAACACAACUCCUUCCUCGACGUUGACUCAGAGUUCCUCGACCGUGCAGAGGCCGACCGCGAGAAUCUACGAGAGAAGUCGAAGCUCUACCUUACGAAAUGCGUCGAAGAGAUAACAUAUCUUCUUACACCACCCCCGCAAGCCCCGCAACAACAGCAGAACAUGCAGCCGCUCGCAAACGGCAACGGCUACAUGAACCAUGGCGAGGCCUCGAUGGAAGAUAUCUACCUCCAGCAACAUCGCCAGAGGCUGCAGUCGCAGCUUCCAACCAUGCCAGGCACAUCGAUGCCUACCCACCAACCUCCCAACGUACCAGUCCCGUCCGAACUACAGAGCUUGGCCAACCAGCAUCAAAUCCACCACGCACCGCAGAUGGCACGAGAGCCUUCACAGCAACAACCACUUCCGUCCAACGCUGCCAUGGCGCAAGAGCUUCUCGCUGGACAUCAACGCCAGGUCCAGAACCAGCAGCACUUUUCCUCAGUGCCCGAAGAGCAGGUUGAAAAGGUCACUCAUGCUUUCGACAACGAAGGCCGUCAAAUACCGAUACGUGGAGAUGACGCGUCGGAUGCAAGCCAGGCUGCCAACCAAGACAAGGAUACAGAUGAUUGGAUCUUCGACCCGGCAUCGGAGACAGCUCAGGAUGGCCCACCAAGGCGGCCAGACACCGAGGAGUUUCCAUCAGCGGAUAGCAUCCCAGCAAAAUCGCCACCACGACCAGUCAAGAGGGCCAGCAAAGAUCAUGUUAGGCGAUUGAGCAACGACCAGAAAGCACAGCAAGCCGUAGCUCAGUCAGCAGCAAAGAACGACCCGCAAAGUUUCAAAGUUCGAUUCGCACUCCGCGGUCACCUUGAUGUCGUGCGGUCAGUCAUCUUCACCGGGGGCGGCAGUCCUAGUGAACCCGAGAUCUGUACCGCAGGAGACGAUGGCAUGAUCAAGAGAUGGAUGAUUCCCGCAAGUUACGCAAACCAGCACAGCAUGAACAAUGAUCUCGACAUCCAGCCGUUCUGGUCACAUCGAGGACAUGAAGGCACUGUGACAUCAUUGGCAGCCUGCCCCGCUUCUGCUCAUUUCGCUACGGGCGGAAGAGUCUCUGGCGAUGGCUGGAUAUUCUCUGGUGGUCAAGACGCUACGAUCCGCGUAUGGGAACGAGGCCGGGUCGAUCCCAAGGCCACUCUGGAAGGGCACACAGAUGCUGUUUGGACUGUAUGCGUUCUUCCGACCAACUGUGCUAAUCUCUUUGGCGCGGAUAGUAGCAAGUAUGGAGGACCGGACCGCGUCAUACUUGCUUCUGGGUCUGCUGACGGCACUAUAAAAAUCUGGGCUGUAAGUGCACCGCCUCAGCUGGUCUCACCGCAGACGGGAUCUCGACGUGGUGUUGGUGGUAGCCGAAGACAUUCCGUCACAUCUGGCUCGCAUCACCCAUCCUCACCGCAGCCCAGCAUUGCUACUACGACACCAUUCCAUCACACGUUGAUACAUACUAUCGAGCGCGACACGCAUCCUUCACCUACUUGUAUCAGCCCGCUGUCACCCACUGGAGAGAACUUUGUUGUCUCAUUCUCCGACGCAUCUAUAUUGGUGUACGACACGAGGACCGGUGAGGAAUUGAUUGGUAUGGCUAGCAAUGAGUCAUAUGACGGCACUCCAGCGACUGGUAUUACAUCAGUCGUGACAAGUUCCCAAUACCUUGAAGGCUCGUCACAAGAGGCGGGUCGCGGUGGUCCUGACGAGGAAGGUAUACACGGCCCGACGGGAUCUGCCAAUGGCGGUCUCGAAGGGGUUGUAAUCAGUGGGCACGAAGACCAUCUCAUCCGGUUCUUCGAUGCCAACUCAGCUAUUUCUUCGUUGUCGCUCAGCAAAGACGGCCGGGAAGCCGUCUCCGCUGGCCACGACGCUUCCAUUCGUUUUUGGUCCCUUGACAAGCGCAUCUGCACACAGGAGAUCACCGCGCAUCGUAUCAUGCGUGGCGAAGGUGUGUGCAGCGUAGUUUGGAGUCAGGACGGUCGCCUUGUCGUCUCAGCAGGUGGCGACGGCAUAGUGAAGCUCGUCGCUCUGCCCCAGAGCAUCCAGUCUGCAAAAGAACUAUACGACUUGCGCCUCAAGUACAAAGAUGCCUCGGUCCUCAUUACCGCGAUAUACUCCGAGUCCAUGGUCAUUGCAGCGUCAUUGUCCCAAGUCCAAAGCCUCCUACAACAUGACGCGCUACGGGAGAAGCCCCAGCUGCUCGAGACCUUCGAUCGUGCGCUUACGGGGUGUCGAGUUGUAUACGGGUGCCUAGAAGAGGAGGUACGCGACUUGAGAGUGAAGGCGGAGAACGACAACCUGAAGUUCAAAGACAAAGCGAAGUUUGUGUUCAAGGAAGAGACCUUCAAAGAGCUGCUCACCCAGAUCCGUGGCCAGCAGUCAGCGCUCAGUUUGCUGAUACAAGGAUUGCAGAUGGAGUCAAUUGCAGAUAUCAAGAAGCUGGUUGAGGAUAAUAGUGUGACACUCGAUCAGGUUGUAAAGCGGUCGAGGACUUUACGGCAGUCGCACCCGAGACUGAUGGUACCGGAGUCGCUGUUUGAUCAGAAGAGUCUGAACGACAGCGAGGCCGAUGUAGAGUCCAUCGCGAAAGCUACGGAGUUCACGUUCGAUGAUGAGGUCGUCAACUCGAAAGCGUAUCGUAGGGCUAUGGCAAUGGCCAUGUCUACUUCACGCCACGAGAUCGAUGCGUCUGAGGAAACAGGAACUGCGGUACCAGAAGACAGUUCGAUCGCCCUCGAGACGACGCCUCCCAGUGUACUGAAGUCGGAAACAGAGAGAGCACCAUCCCCCCAGGCCACAACGACAAAUGAACACGCAGAUUUGUUCGAUACCCUUGAGCGCGACAUACUCUCCUUUAUGCCGCAAACCUCAUCCACGACACUUUGCUUGACUCCCAACCACACAGGGUCUAAGAGUCCUUCUUCGCUACCAAAUGAUCCUUAUGGCUCAUUGACUCCGGCGCCGCUGCGAUCAUUUAGUGGAGACAGCGGAAUGGGGAUUUCAGAAGCUGCGCCUCCGUUACCUCCUCGCCGCCCAAGUGAGCAGCAUGUCGCAACGCCCCAGAUGCGCUCAGUAUCUUCUGAUGAUAGCAUGUUUUCCUCCAUCGCACCAUCGAUUUUAUCAAAAGCGUCCACGGGAUCGUCUUACACCGUGUACGAGACUCCACCGUUAAGCCCUAAUUCGACCGGCAUACCUUCGCGAAAGCCCCUGCCAUUCAUGCAUAAGCCAUCUUACAACGCUCAAGGUAACACCGCGCGUGGUAUGGACGAAGUUGCAGCAGCUGGGGCAUCGUUGCCCUUGUACAAUGUCGAAAUGCACAGUAUCUGGAUGUCGCUGGCCGAAGCCGAGAGGAAGUUUAUUGACCGCAUAAUGAGACUAAAGCGAAUGUUCUACGAUAAUAUCAUAAAGCAAUGGCCAGUCCUUGAGAAGCAUAUGGAUGCUAUCGUUAUCGGCGAGCAACUUGCGACACUUCAUCAGCAGUAUUUGCUCCAGGCGAUGGACCGUGAUCUCGCUGGCAGCACUAAUGCCCUCUGCAAUCCAUACAUGAUCGAUAUUUGGGUAGACAAGAGUCAACAACUGUAUCGAGAAUACUGUCGCAAGAUGCCGCAUGCGGCCUCCUCACUACGAACGACACAGAAUCUGGACCCGAAGUUUACACCCUUUGUCAACACACUUGGUCUGAGUAUCGCUUAUUUUGGUAAGAGCUGGCAAGACUAUUUGGAGCUUCCUCAGGGACACAUGCAGAGUUAUAUCGACAGCCUGCAGAGGCUUGUCAGCAUCGCGGACUCCCUCAAUGACCCGACAGCAAACCAGGAGGCUAUGCGUUUACGACGUGCUCUACAGACCGUGACUUGGCUGAAAACAUCCAUCUCAACCUUACUAGAUGAAGCUAAGGCUCGUGAAGAUGUGCAGAAUCUCCAGAGGCGUAUCCGCACAGAUGCACUAACGUUUGCGCAACUACGCCUGCAUGAGCCGGCCCGUCGCGUUAUUCACCAAGGCGGUAUGGCAAUGAAGUUCAAGAGCCAGGGACCUUGGGUUCCAGUACACGCCAUGUUGCUCGACAACUACUUCAUAUGGGGUAAAGCUAAGAAGAGCAAAGGGGAUGAGGUCCUGAUAACGGAUCCACCUAUCGCGGUUGCCGACAUGGAGCUGUCCCUUCCGACAGACGCAUACCAGUUUCAGAAGGCUACCAUGCUCGACCAGAUAGCAAGGGGCUCAGUCGUAUACAUCAUCACAAUCAACAACAAAGCCCAGCCAGGCAAACCCAGUCUGCUAGGCCUGUACGGCUUCCCGGAAAGGAGAGACUGGUUUGAUCAUUUCACUGCAGCUGGGACUAAGUUCCAGAGGAAGUCGCGUUUGAGGUCUCCACGAGCCGGCGGCGAGUGGUCCUUAGACGGCUGCCAUGUCUUUCUUCAUCUCGUCCAAGGUCAACCCUGCUACACCAUAGGCCUGUCCAACCCCGAGAGCCCGAAGCCUCCGGCUUGCGAUGUGUACCUCCCUGACGAUGGAGCCGACCUGCUUCUGUUCGGAAUCGUACCGGUUUGGAAGAACGGCAGCUGGCGAUUGCAGUCCGCUUCUGAGACUAUCACGGAGGUGAACGGUGCGCCAAUUCAAUUCAGCGACCCGCAUGCACAAAACCAUUUUCCACAAGCGAUCUAUCUGCGGCAGAACUUAGUCAACCACGUCUUCGUCAACGGCUUGCGAGUCGAUAUCUUCAUGUUAAAGGCAGUACGAGAACUCUACGCGAUGGAUACAUUCUUGCCUUCAGAGCUGCAUCCCCAGCUACAAGACGUCACUGAUCGCCCCGAAGCUUGGGCACGGAAUCGCUAUCUGCCGCUCUCUGAACAAGUCUCCGCGAACACCUGCCGGGUUCUCGAGCGCUUCACAGGCAAGAUCGAGACAGCGAAAUUCUUCCGCCAUGUGGGAAAUCGCCGCGAACUUCGGGAUGCUGAGUUUCUCAAGUUCGGCAAGGCUAAAGUCGAUGUAUCUGUCGUUCGUUACUUGCAGUCGCUCGACAUUAACCACAUCCCCGCUGUCAUUACCGAGACGCAUGAGGGCUUCAAGACAUACGCGGCUCUCGAAGAGGACAUCAAGAAGCAACAUCCGCGCGUGCGCUUCACAUUCGCUUCGAAGCUCUUGCGGCGACUGUUUUCAGCCCUCGCCUUCUUGCAUUUCCACAAGAUCGUUCACGGAAACGUCACCAAAGAGGGUGUCUUGCUUCGCCUAGGGGACUACAAGCCCGAAGCUGUGCUCUUAGUCAACUAUACACGGGCAACGUCGUUUCCUGCUGGCAUGCCUGAACCUUUGGAGAAGAUGAUCGAGGACGGUCGCGCCGCGAUGGAGAUUGUCGAGAGCUGCUGCGAUAUCUGGCAACUGCGGAAGGCACCACCGAGAGAUGCCUUCGGCGAAGCCUUCAUGGCGAAGAAGACCGAGGUUGCUCGCCAAGAAUCCGCUCUCAUGGAGCGCGUCGUCGCCGACUUCUUCGGACCGAAAGGCGAGUCGCGAGAGUCUGAAAAGGGCAAGAAGAUGCUCAAAUUGGUGCAAGACAAGCAAGACGCCUGGUAUUCUGCUCGAAACGCCCAGAUUCACAAUGCGACCCGCCGUGAGGUGGGGCUAUGCCGCUCUGAUAUGAUCAAAAAGAUUGAGCAUGAGUGGUCGCUCCUGCAUCCAUUUCCAAAGAUCGGCGAAGAGCAGCAUAUGAUAUUGACUCUGGGGCAUCCAUACCUAGACGGCCUGGCUACGAAACUCUACCACAAUCAAUGGGACCUGCCGCCGCGGGAUGUGUGCACCGAGAUUCAACAACUUGCCGGCGAGGUGGAAGAACCCUGGCAGACCUUCGCAGUCAAGCGAACAGUGCCAUUGACACAGGUCGAGGGUGGCUUCGAAGAGCGUUGCUUCCUGCACUGGCUAGCGAGCUGUUGCGAAGCCUACCCAGAGUGGCGUCACGCGAUUGUUGAGGAGUAUGAGCGCCUCGUCGCACCCCAGCACGGAGUGAUUGUCUUUGCAGAUAUAAAGAAGCUUCGAGGUGCUCUUGCGGGUCUAGGUACUAUGCCGGAGGUCCUACACGCCACAUUCACGCGUUUGACCAGUGAGAUCAAGACCCAGCCUAUUACAAACAUCGAAGAGGUGCACAAGAUCUGCUAUCACCUGCCCUCACGAAUGUUCAAUCUAACCCAACUACAUCGCCUGGCAACUCCUGGUCGCCUUGUCGCCUGCAUCAAUGAGGGCGACACAGAUUGUCAUGACUGGGUAGAGGUACGCGGAGAGCCCAAGCUAGAGGGUCAUUACAUUACCCUGUCCUUGUUGUCGGACUUUGCAAAGCAACUAGGACUGAUAGCCGAGGACUAUCGUCAGACGCAAGACUUCCCUCCGUAUGAUCCAGCAGACUUCAGCCGGGUCAUACAGCGCGUCGUCCUUGCUCACACUGGUCUUCUUCCCUGGGCAUCUGUCACUCGCAAGGGCGCCCAGUUCAACUUCCAUGCACCCGCGAUUGCCCACGACUACGAGAGUGCUGGUGCAUUUCUAUCUACUUAUUUCGGCGGUAUGAAGAUGUUGCCCACGAUGCCACAUGGUAGUGAAUUCUAUGAGCGCCCUGGUCACUGGUCAAACUUCAAGACUGGAAGGGAAAUGGAUGAGGCAAUGGAAGUGGACAAGCGACCCAUUCUGCCCGCGAAGGGCCAGUUGAAAAAGUCGGCAUCGCAAUCGACGAAGUCGCUUCAGGUUUUGUCGCCGCAUGUUGAUCGUGCUCGCCUCUCUCAGACGCUGGAGACUCGCAAGCGUGCUCGUGCUAGGGCUCGACCUCUAGGCAAACGCGAUGCAGACAACGAAGUAUCGGGCACAGCCAUGCAUGCCGCGAAGCGUCCACAUCUUCUUCCCAGUGUCCACGACUCAAGUCAGCACAGUACACCACCAGCGGAGGAGCCCCGGCCUACUACCUCGUUGACGGACCGUGAUCUGGACAAAACCAUUUCCAACCUGGAACGCCAGUUCUCAUCUGAACCGCUCCCUCAAAUCUCACACGUGCCAGACACGUCGUUCUUCACACGAAACAACGGAGUAAACACCAACGUCCUUUCCAGCCCGCCUGCUAUCUCAGCAAUUGAACAGGGAACGUUCACUGUCGUAUCCAACGACGAAGCCGACCUGGACGACGACUACAAGCAAGCAGAAGAGUGGCUGAAGCACAUGGAGGAUGACGACGCGCCUCGAGAUUCCGGUAUCUUCGGUCUCAAUUUCCACCACACCUUCCGUGAGCAGGGCGAUGGACUGGAUGCUGAAGGAGACGAGUCAGAUGAUGAAGAUGGUGGUGGAGCGACGCCGGUUGCUAGUAACAAGGUGAAACAGAACGAUUUGCCGGCACCCAAGCUCAAAGACAAGAGCGCGUUUGCAGCCGGCUUGAAUGCGAUGGCGUCGAUGCGAGGUAUGAGCAAUGCACAGGCAGUAUCGCAGUCCUUUCCCAUGUUCCAAUCGGCGCCCAAGCAGAGCAGUCCUCCUUUCGCUCGACCAGCUUUCCUGGCUACCCUCCGUGCCGAGUCUGGAGGUCAUCGUCGUAACGAUAUUUCCAUCUCGGAUCUCGCCAACGUGAGUUUCAGGGUUGAUCCUGCGCGCUCAGAUCCUCCACCACCGGCAAAGGGUGUGAUGGGUUCUGAGCAAUCGCCGCCGCCGUCAGCCCAGCCACAACGUGUUGAUGAAUCGUUUGGAUCUAACGUUUCUGGUCCGAACUGGAGGAUGACAGGAGAGUGCAAGGACAGUGAGGAAGAAGAGGAAGAAGAUGGAGAACUGAGAGACUUCCAACCAGGAGAGCGGCUUAGUCAGGGUGGUUCACCAGCCAUGCAACCGAGAGAGCCUCUUAGUCAGGAUGAGCCGCCAGCCACGGAACUAGGAGUUCACGUUAAUCAAGACGAAGAUCUGCCAGCCACGCAACCAGGACGAGAUUACUCCGGUCAGUACGACGCUCUACAAGACGCACAGCCAGGAGAGUUGGUCGUUCUGCAUGGACUGCCAGACACCCAACCAGGAGGUCAGUCCAGCAGCGUAGAACAGCAUCCCGAUCAGAGCGAUGAUCCAUGGAGCCAGCCACCAGUAGGAUGGGAUGGUCGGAGCCCCUACUCGUCGUUCUACCCACCACCAUGGAAACGAUAG